AUGUCGUUUGGAAACAGACAGAACGGCAAUGGCCAACCUUCACCCACCCUCCAACUCGCCAUUAAAGGCUGGGCAAGCAGCAAACUCUCAACAUCCAAAGACCAGGGUGUCGAAGCCUUGGUCGGAUUUUUGUCUAAAAAGGCAAGCAGACCGGUUCUAUCCUAUACUAGGGCCGGCCGCACAGUACUCCUCAUUACGGUCAACACACAAGACCAAGAUCGCUUCUUCCAUCUAAACGGCUUUACAUUUGCCGGUGCGACACUCGUCGUCGAAGAAGGCCGAUCACAAAAUCCCAGAUCCCAACACCAACAAUCGAACAACAAUGAGGGCAGAUUUCCUCAAUCACAACACCAUUCUCGGGACCAGCCACAAGGCCACUUCGGUCAAAACAAUCCCCAACUUACCAUCCGAGGUCAAGCCCAAGGACACUACGUUCCUCGAGGACCGCGUGGUCAGUUCCAAGACAAUUCCAACCACAACAAUCAAAACCAAGGUCACAAAUCAGCCGACCCUACAACGUCCGAGCUAGAAAACCUCAUCAUAAACGUCAUAAGAGAGCGAUACCACGCAGGAGACAAACAUCUGAUCCUCAACGCACUCGUGGCCGACCCUCAACUCACCAACUCAGGCCUCUCAAGCCAAGACCCAGCCAAAGUCUGGCGGGCAAUCUUCACCCUGUGUGAAAAAAGCAUGUGGGAGACACCCAGCAAGCGACGCGAGGCCGUGCAGAGUGUGAGCCUACGGGAUGACAACAUCACCAGCGUGAAAGACAUCCUCUCGCUGUCAAAUGUCUUCCCAACCAUCAAAAACCUCGACCUAGCAAACAACCAGCUGGCCGACAUCGAUGCGCUCAAGUUUUGGAAAAACCAAUUCCGCGACCUCGAACACAUCAUCCUGACGGGCAAUCCCGUCGCGUCCAACCCGGAUACCGUGCGCACACUGCUUACAUGGUAUCCGAACCUCAAAGUCUACAACAAUGAGCCUGUCAGAGAUGCAGCAGGCAAUAUCACUAUCCCAACAUCAUUGCCAACAUCAUUAACACCAUCGUUACAACCACAACCGUCCUUCCCAUCACCAUUACAACCAUCCUUACCAUCAUCAUUACAACCAUCAUUACCAUCAUCAAUAACACCCACCACGACCCCGAUCCCAAUCCCGGAUCCAAACGCCCCAACAGCCACGCACCCGGAAUUCCCACCGGGCUCGACCUUCGGGCUCCCGGAACCGAACAAAUCCGCCGAGGUGCUGCAACGCGAGCAAAUGGGCCUACAGUUCUCCUUCGAGACAAAACUAAAGAUGCAGUGGGUCGAGAACUGCCUGUCCGCCAACGCCUGGGAUUACGCCGCCGCCGUCGCUAACUUCAACAUGCUGCGCGCACAGGGUCAAAUCCCUCCCGAGGCUUACAUCGCCGGUGUUUAA